UUACAUGUUAAUGUUUACAUAACUCCAUCGAUAUCUUUAGAAGCUAAAAGAAAUAAACAUUAUAUAAAAUGUUUAGACAACUGUCAAAUCAACAAACAUUUCCAAAUUAACAACAUCCAUUUAAAUCUCUUUGUUUAAUAUAGAAAAAAAAACAGGGAAAUUUUUAACGUCGAAAAUUAUUAUAGAGCAUACUUCCUGUCCUCCAAUUAGGAUGAUGUUCUGGUUAUAUAAUAACUGGCUAAACCAAUUAUCUUAUGUUUCUAGUACAUAGAACUCGGUGUUUGUGAACGCCUAUUUGAAGCUUUAGUUAAAUCUUGUUACGAUUAUAGUCUUUUUUGGAGCACCUGUACUUAGGACAUUUAAACAUCGUUUUUUACUUCCUGUUUUAAUGUCAAGGAAAAGAUAGAGCAAACUCUUAUUUCUCUUCCUGGAUACAAAUGACGAGGAGGACGCUUCGGGAUACAAAGCUUGAUGACUAUGGACAUCAACACCUGCAUAUACAACGAAGAUGAGGAGUUAUCACUUCCAGAGUUUCACAAGAAGUAUCGAGACCAGUUUCCAAUAACAGCCAUUGUUGUUGGAGGGCAUUAUGGACAAACCAAGUGGGACGACCUCCCCAGUGACCUUGUAAUGAGAGUUGACAGGGAAUUUGCACAACCAAGGGUCCUUGCCAGAGACCCCGUGUAUUACAGGGAGCGCUACAUCAGCAUUCCUGUUAAUGGAAAGUUCCUAUUCAACAUUGUCAAGUCCAUCAAAGAGAAGAGCAGGGAUUAUACUAUGGCGGAGAUUUUAAAGGAGCACCCUUUACCAAUACUGGUCCAGUUUUCUGCUAGAGGAGAGCUCCCAAGAGAAGCGAAAAGUGCGGACGGUUUAACAAGUUUUCUGAUAGAGUACCACCACGAGGACAUUUAUCUCCAGGGAAACUUUUACCUCCACGGUCUUAUAGCCAAGGACAGCGCCUCGGUGACCCUGUGUCCCCACAUCUCCAUGGCACCUGUACAUGGAAUUAAGGGCAAGACGGAGGAGGAAUAUCAACAGUACCUGGCGCGCAUGACCACAUUUGUCAAGAAUAAGACAACUUUCUCUGAGGAUUCGUGUAAUCCAGGUGUAAAAGUACUAGAAGCAACCGAUCCAUUGAUAGCCCAUAUUUUCCAUAAAGAAGAUGACGUCGACAGAGGUCCCGCGCCAAUAAUUCCACAAAGGAGUAAACCAAGCCCUGCUGCUACAAAACCAGAAAGUGGUAAACCACGUGGUGCCAACAAAGGACUAAUUCCCCGUCUCCUAGAUCGGAAAAGUCCGCCUAAACAACCAAACAAUGUCAAAGGGGCUGGAAAAGUCGACAAAUUACCUCCAGUACCAAAACCUUCUCCAACACAAGAAAAACCAACGGAAGAGGAUGACGAUGAUGAAAUUUAUUAUGGCGGUGAUUAUGAAGAAAUUGUUGAGGAAAAGAAAUCGAAACCAGUCUUAGAUCAAAAGCCUGUUGGUUACGUAAACGACAUUUUGUGUCAGGUUAAGCCGUUCUCUGAAGCAAAACCUGGUAACGAAUCGGACGAAAGUGAUGAGUACGAAGCGAUCGAAGAAAAACCAAUUCCAAGUUUCCCUGAACAGAACAAGACAGGAACAAACGGAAAUGUGGAGUCCAAAAAGAACAGUUCACCAACACCUGAAGAUGUAUACUCAGUACCAAUAGAACCUAGUAAAAUACGAAACUUUGAAAACUCUGAAAAUCACAAAAAGGAUACUAGUGUUGAUUUUGAUGAUGAAUAUUCAAUACUUGACGAAAAUGUUACACAGAAAACUGAUAUUAAAGGUGACGUUGCUGCUAUCCCGGAAACGGUCUCCAAACAAAAUUUUGUGGCUGGAAAGAAUAUCCAAGAGCUUGGAGAGAUCCUAGUGAAACUGAGGUUAGAAAAACACGUCCAGCGGUUUGCCGAGGACCUUAUUGACGGCGAAAUUAUUACUGAUCUGACUGUUGAUGAUUUAAAAGAAGAUUAUAAGUUCACGAAAACGGAGGCCAUUCGGCUGAGGAAAUACAUCGAACAGGGACAUAUUCCUUCUUAGACUGUGAGCUGAUGGUGAUUUUUCAGUUCAGUCUUGAUCCAUCUUUAUUUUAACAUUAGACAUUUGAGUCCAUAAAAGCGAAGUCUUUUUUCGCAAAAACAUCCAAAUGAUCUAUUGAUGCAAUGAAUAAUCUUGGCGCUUCCUGAACGGAAAAUAAAUUGCUAAUUAAAUAUAUAUUAUUACAAAUCAUAAACUGUUUUUAUGUUUGAAUAAUGUACAUAAAAUUUUCAAACUAAAAUUCAUCUAACCACGGAAUAUAUAAGUAAUGACAAGUGUUGAUGAAUUGUCUUAUGGUGUAAUCUUUAGAUUAUGUGUAUAGUUUUUGCAUACAUACUUUCACGAUGAAUAAAAAUUACAAAAAAGACAAACUUGUCCUACCAUGGAUAUCAGCUCGGCAAUGGUAUAAGAAAACUGUCAUUCGUUGGAGUUCAUCUAAUGUAUUCGUACUGACCCGUAGAAAUUCAUUUAUGUAUAUCGAUAGACACAGCAAUUCUAAUGCGUUUCUGUUUAUCAGCUCAGCAAACAAAGUUAAAUUAGUUUUUGUAUUGAAUUAAUAUUUCAAAAUAUUAAACUGUUCAUCAUCAAAUCAGUAGUCAAGACACAAGAUGUUCUC